AUGGAGGAAAUCACCAGAGUAAGAAAAGAUAUGUACAGUGACACAGUGAACGGCCUUGUAGAGAAGCAUCCCUUGGAAUUACCUGAGCCUGCAGGACCUAUUGUACACCUACAAGAAAAGCUCUUUGUGCCUGUAAAAGAAUAUCCUGAUUACAACUUUGUUGGAAGGAUUUUGGGUCCCCGAGGUCUCACUGCCAAACAGCUGGAAGCAGAAACUGGAUGUAAAAUUAUGGUGCGAGGAAAGAGUUCAAUGAGAGACAAAAAGAAGGAGGAGCAGAACCGAGGCAAGCCAAACUGGGAGCAUUUAAACGAAGACUUGCAUGUGCUGAUCACUGUGGAAGACACACAGUGCCGGGCAGAAAUUAAGAUGAGGAGAGCAGUGGAAGAAGUGAAAAAACUUCUUGUGCCAGCAGCAGAUGGAGAGGACAACCUAAAGAAGAUGCAGUUAAUGGAGCUGGCCAUCCUUAAUGGCACCUACAGAGACACCAAUAUUAAAACACCUGCUGCGGCAGCAGCACAGGGGCCCAGGCUCAUAGCUGCCCCGGCAGGGCAAGUUCUGCCACCCACAGCUUUGAGACCUCCAACACCGGCUGGCACCCCUAUCAUGAAUAUCAUCAGGCCAAUCCAGGCAGCAGCCAUGUUGCCAAAUGGGACACCUACUUUGGUGCCCCCCACGCCAGAGGCUGGCAUCAUCUACGCAACACCAUAUGACUAUCCAUAUGCACUGGCUCCAACAUCCCUGCUGGAAUACCCCAUUGAGCCCAGUGGGGUACUAGGUGCAAUGGCAACUAAAGUUCGGAGACAUGACACGCGCGUCCAUCCUUACCAAAGGAUUGUGACCGCAGACAGAGCCGCCACCGGCAACUAACACAUGACCUUCUGACCUCUGAAAUCUUCACCCAAUGAUGAGCUGACCAUGCCUGCCUGCUGAUCAGUUAACUGGUAAUCACCUUUGCUUGCCUGUCUCGGAUGCAGCGAGCUGAGGCACUUUGUCUGUAUUGUAGCCUAACAACUUGUUUAAAACAACUACAAGCAACAUCAAAAAAACAAACUACUCUUCUUCCCUCCCCUCCCUUUGUUUUAUUUGAUUCUUAUUUUGUCUUUU